AUGCGCCUAGAGACACGCGAAUCGGCCCGAGACUCUUCACCUUCCGAUCGAACCAGCCCCGAAAACGAUUUGCCCGGAGAUAUCUCGGGUCUCGGUCCAUCUGAGCAAGACACGUUUCAAGACUGGAAAUACAAGUUCAUGAGCAGGUAUGUCAACGUUGGGACCCUUCAGAAGAAGCAUAGAGAAGGCAAAGAAAGUAUAGAACCUUCUACAGGCAGUGGGAAAGAAGCUUCAGCUACUACUGUUGGCGAAACUUCUAGAAGCGUUGAAGAGAAAAUAAUAGAAACCAUCGAGAAGAAGGAUGUUUCAGAUGGCGAUGCUGUAAAGGAGGAGGAGUAA